AUGGAUAAUGAUGAAGACUCUAUGUCGGAAAGUGAGGAUGUGGAAAAAUCGAGGCCUGAGACCGUUGUUACUAGAACAGAUUUAUUGGAAUCAGUUAGUCCUGGUCUGAAAGAUGGAGAUAAACAUAACAAACAUGUGGAUGCAUUACGAAACGUUCGAGAAAGGUUUGAUCCUAACGAUGAUACAAGCCGGUUAAUGAUAAUUUUAAAGUGUGACAGGAAAAGCGAUGGAAGGACUGAGAAUCUACCAGCUACUAAUGAAGUUGCUGCAUUGAUACCUAAUGAUUUCAAUGGUGAGGUAGAUGCACGUGAUAUCAUCAUCGAGUGUAAAAAGACUGGGAAUCUCAAAAGGAUCAGUGAACUACAUCCUGCGUAUCUGCCUUUGCAAUAUCCAUUAUUGUUUCCCUAUGGUGAGGACGGGUUCAGACUUGGUAUCGAUAUUGGUUUUGUAGAUACCCAAGGGAGGAAAAGGUUGCAUAUUACUAUGAGAGAGUUUUUUGCUUACCGCAUACAAGAGAGGGUUGGUGAGUCACCAAUCAUCCCUUUAUCUGGAAGAUUGUUCCAGCAGUUUUUAGUGGAUGCGUACACGAUGAUUGAGACUAAUAGACUACGUUUCAUAUCAAUGAAUCAGUCUAAACUUCAUUGCGAAAAUUAUGACAAAAUAAAGAAAACUGUUGAUGGAGGUGACAUUGAUCUUUCUGACAAGGGUAAACGUAUUAUUAUACCUUCUUCUUAUACUGGUGGUACAAGGUAUAUGGUGCAACAUUAUCUAGAUGCGAUGACUACUUGCCAGCAUUUUGGUUUUCCGGAUCUUUUCAUAACCUUUACGUGUAAUCCCAAAUGGCCUGAGAUUACCAGGCACCUAAAAAGACAUAACUUGAAGCAAGAUGAUAGACCAGAUAUAUGUACGCGAGUGUUCAAGAUGAAACUAGAUGAUCUCAUGCACAGGCUCACCAAAGAAAAUGUGUUAGGUGUCGUAAAAGCCGCGAUCUACACGAUUGAGUUUCAAAAACGGGGGCUACCUCAUGCACUCAUCGUUCUUUUUUUAGAAGCUGGUCACAAGCUACCAACUGGUGAUGACAUUGAUAAGAUAAUAUGUGCUGAGAUUCUUGACAAGGAUAUUGAUCCAGCGCUGUAUGAGAUAGUAGGAGAUGUUAUGAUGCAUGGUCCAUGUGGUGCUUGGAAUAAGGAUAGUGUUUGCAUGGCUGAAGGAAAAUGUACAAAGUAUUUUCCAAAACCUUACAGUCCGAUCACUAAAAUAGAUGAUGUUGGAUAUCUUAUAUACAGGCGACGUAAUGACAAGAAAGUUAUCGUUAAAAAGGGUAUUGAAUGUGAUAAUGGAUUUGUGGUUCCUUAUAAUAGGAGUCUCACACUGCUUUAUAGGGCUCAUAUCAACGUCGAAUGGUGUGUACAAUCUCGAUCAGUAAAGUAUCUAUUCAAAUAUAUUCAUAAAGGUGCUGACUACAUUCGUGCAACUGUCAAGAAUGAUGAUAAAGAAAACGAGAUUAAGAAACACUUCAAUUGUAGGUAUGUAGCACCUUCGGAGUCUACGUGGAGAAUUUUCCGUAAUCAUACUCACCAUCGCACGGUUUCUGUAAUUAAACUACCCUUUCAUUUACCGAAUCAGCAAAUGGUCAUAUACAACGAGGAUGAUCCAGGUGACGAGGUUAUUAAUCGUGUCUCAGUUGGUACGUCAAAAUUCAUUGCUUGGAUGGAGUGCAACGAUAUGUAUGAAUUGGCGAGGACGUUAACUUAUGCGCAAUUUCCUACGAGAUUGGUGUGGAAUAACACAAAGAGAAUAUGGACGCCACGAUCAAGGAGAGUUGCUCUUGGUAGAAUCACGUACGUACCCAUUGGGGCAGCUGUUAGUCUAUCUCAGGAGCAAGUUAAAGACUUUACUCUGGUCGAAAUAGAACUUCUUUUACGUGUAAGUGGGAGAUCCUUAAAAGAAUUCACACCUAUGCCGUUUCCUGAAGAUAUUACUCUGGAGUCACGUGAUAAUCCUCUUAUUCGGGAUGAGAGGAAUUACAAUCGUGAAACUCUUAGAGUAAGAAACGAGCAGAUGUUAGCCAUUGUAACAAGUGAACAGAGAAGUGUUUAUGAUGAGAUACUAGAAGCAGUAAAUAAGAACAAAGGAGUUAUGUUCUUUGUUUAUGGUUCUGGAGGUACUGGUAAAACUUAUUUGUGGAGUCUAUUAGGAUCUGCUCUACGUUCCCAAGGUGAUGUUGUUCUCAAGGUUGCAUCGAGCGGGAUUGCUGCGUUGUUAUUAGAAGGAGGUCGAACUGCGCAUUCAAGAUUUGCAAUCCCUAUUGUGGUUAAUAAGUUUACCUUCUGUUCAAUCAAGAAGGAGUCGAAUCUUGCCGACCUGAUAAGGAUUGCUAAACUCAUUAUAUGGGACGAGGCGUUGAUGAUGAGUAAAGACUGUUUUGAGACUCUAGAUAGAACGAUGCGUGAUAUAUUAGAAGUUGAUAAGCCCUUUGGUGAUAAGGUCAUUGUUUUAGGAGGGGAUUUUAGGCAAAUAUUGCCAGUGAUUCCAAAUGCCGGAAGACAGAGAUACUUAUGGCCACUUUGA